GAAAUGGGAUAAAUAGCUGCAGCACUGACCCCCUCCCCCACCUGGACCCCAGCAAGUUGGAAGCAGAGCUAAGGCUGGACUCUUAUUCACCUUCAGCAAGAGACAAAUACUGUAGCAGCUCGAUUUCAGCCUCCUGUGCAGCCAGGAAUUCAGGUGUGAGCCCAGAUCCCAUUCUACAUGGCAUCCAGUUCUGUGUACCUUUAGAUGGUCAGGUGUAUAGUUGGUCAAGAGGAAGAUCACAAGUUCAAGGCCAGCCUGGGCAACAUAGCAAGACCCUCUUAAACCAAACCAAACCAAACCCUGGCAGGAGUCGCUGAGCUCAGCAGGAGUGAACUUUCUGGAGCAGCGGCUGCAGCACCCAUGGCGCCACCUUGGGUGCCCCCGGUGGGCUUCACGCUGGUGCCCAGUCUAGGGGGCUUUGUGGGCUCCUACUUCGUGCGAGGAGAAGGUCUCCGCUGGUACGCCGGCCUCCAGAAGCCUGCGUGGCACCCGCCGCGCUGGGCGCUCGCCCCCAUCUGGGGCACGCUCUACUCAGCCAUGGGAUAUGGCUCCUACAUGGUCUGGAAAGAACUGGGGGGCUUCACAGAGGAGGCUGUGGUUCCCCUGGGUCUCUACGCUGGGCAGCUGGCCCUGAACUGGACGUGGCCCCCUAUCUUCUUUGGUGCCCGAGAGAUGGGCUGGGCCUUGGUGGAUAUCCUGCUCAUCGGCGGGGCAGCAACAGCCACGACCGUGGCCUGGCACCGGGUGAGUCCGCAGGCCGCCAGGCUGCUGUACCCCUACCUGGCCUGGCUGGCCUUUGCCACUGCGCUCAACUAUACCCUAUGGCGAGACAACCGAGGCCGGCCCGGGAGGUGGCACCCGGAGUGAGGAUCCUGGCCUGCCAAGCACUGAGCACCGCUGCCACAGCCACGCCUGCCUGCCUGCCCGCCCGGCCUGCCAGCCAUCCAUCUGGAUGUGGACCUGAGCCCAGGGCCGCCAGCAGCUGCGGGGCGGGUGGGCCCAGUCCCACGCAGGUGCAGGGUCCCGUGCCUCUGCACCGCGUGAGGCAGGCUGUCAUUUUCUACCCAAUAAAGUUUGCAGGCAGC